AUGGACGUUGACAAAUCAAGUUUUCCAUUGAUUUUAAGGGAUUUUGAAGAAUCACUUGAACAAUGUCAUUUCAUUGCAGUUGAUCAAGAGAUGACAGGUGUUCAGUUUGAGGAUCAACCCCCGUCAUGGAGUAUGCGUUUAGAAAAUCUAUUUCAAGAUUCACGUAAAGUUGUGGAAAAUUUUAUUGCAUUUCAGUUUGGGAUUGCACUCUUUACCUUAAAAAAAGAUGGAAUUUAUGAAGUUAAACCAUAUAAUUUUUAUUUACAAAAAAGAUCAGGUGAAUAUCUUGUAAAUGUCGGAGCUUUAGAAUUUUUGACUUUACAUAAAAUGGAUUUUAAAAAAUGGUUGAGUUCUGCUAUGCCGUAUUGUAAUAAAGAUGAAGAGGAAAAAUUACGUAUGAUGAAACCCAAUAAGAGAUAUUCAGAUAUAGAAGAAAAAAUUACUAAGAGUUUGCUUAAAAAAAUUGAAGAUUGGUAUAUUAAUUUAAAUAAUAGUAAUGAAAAAAAUCUUAAUAUUAGUUCAAUUAUGAAUAAAAAUAUUGAAAAAUUAGCUCUUUUAACUCUUAAAGAAAAAGGAAUUUUUGUUUCUUUGGAAUAUAAACUAGAUAAAGAUUUUUUGGGACCUCCAAUUGAUAUUAUAGUUUCACGUGUAGAGAAAGAUGUAUUUGAAUCUUUCAUAAAAGAAUUAAAACAAGAUAAAAUUUUUGAUUUAAAUAAAGAAUUAGGAUUUCGUCAGUUUUGGAAAUCUAUUAUAAAAUGUAAAAAACCUUUAAUUGGUCAUAAUUUUUGGUCAGAUAUUAUGUUUAUGGUUAAUAUGCAUGAGGGAAACAUUGCUUCAUCAUAUGAGCAAUAUAAAAAAGAUAUUCAUACUUUAUUUCCUACUGUUUAUGAUACCAAAACACUUUCUCGUGCAAUAAAUUCUAAGGAUCCUUUUAUUUCAUUUCAUCUUGAAAAAUUAUACCAAUAUUGUUUAAAAAUGAAUGAAAAUUCUGAUAAACCACUGAUUUUUGAGUCACCUCCUGGUUAUCACAGUUAUGAUCCUAGAUGUAUAGGAAGUCACGGAAAAGCACAUGAAGCAGGAUAUGAUGCUUAUAUGACAGGUAUAGUUUUUGCUUUAAUUAAAGAUAAUUACAAAAGUGGAGAAGGUUUUAAAAUAAACGAUUGGGAAAAUAUUAUUUCUGUUUUUGGAAAUCAUUACUACAUGAAUUUGAAUGGUAAAGAUUUUUUGCAAAUGAAGGGAACGUUUUUAUUAAAUUUUGAACAAGAUAUAGAUAAACGUUUGCUGAAUUCUUUUCUUGAUAUUAGAAAAUAUGACGAGGAAGAUAAAAAUGAUCAAGAUAAAAUUCCAUCAGUUUUCCGUAUUACUCACGAUAUAAAUAAAGAAAUUGGUAACUCUUUUGUAGUUCAAUUUAUUGAUGAGACAAUAAAUGAAGAUGAUAUACAAAAACGAAUUGAGUUAUCAAUAAAGGAAAUGGGUGAGUGGAUAUCUCAAACGACAGGAGAAAAGGAUUUUUUUUUCCCAACGAUCAAAAAGAUAUCUCGAUUUGAAAAUUAA